GAAUCAUCUGAUUGCCAACUCCCAAGUCACCUGUCCCUUCCAAUUCCGUGCCACAUAGUACUCCUAUCUCUAGAGAGAGAAAACAGAGUGCGAGAGAGAGAGAGAGAGAGAGAGAGAGAGAGAGAACCAAAGACGGAGCCAGUGCCUGAGGACACGCCUUUUUAAGCUUAUUAGUCAGCAGUUAUCUCCCCACCCACACCCACUUCCCUCAUUUCGGUCCCCCAAAGCAAACCCAAUAACCAAACAAAACACAAUGGGAGAGGAGGAAAAGAAGAAAGCAGAGGAAAAGAAAAUGGAGGAAAAGAAACCAGAGGAAAAGAAAGAGGAAAGCAAGGCCGAGGAAUCCAAGGAGACGGCACCGCCUCAAGAUAUUGUGCUGAGAGUUUUCAUGCAUUGCGAAGGCUGUGCCAAGAAAGUCCGCCGCUGCCUCAAAGGCUUCGAAGGAGUUGAGGAUGUUCAGACGGAUUGCAAGGCGCAAAAGGUAGUGGUGAAGGGGGAGAAGGCAGAUCCGGUGAAGGUUUUGGAGAGGGUACAGAGGAAGAGUCACAGGCAGGUCGAGCUCAUCUCUCCGGUUCCGAAACCGGCGGCGGAGGAAGAUGCUAAAAAAAUCAAAGAGAAAGAAGUUGCUCCUAGUAAAUCUGAAGAGAAAAAGGAAGAGGGGAUAACAGUUGUACUGAAAGUUCACAUGCAUUGCGAGGCUUGUGCGCAGGAAAUCAAAAGACGGAUUCUCAGAAUGAAUGGGGUUGAAAACGUGGAACCAGAUCUAAAGAGCUCACAAGUGACUGUCAAAGGCGCAUUCGACCCAUCGAAGUUAGUGGAAUACGUAAACAAGAGAACCGGAAAAAAUGUCUUGAUAGUGAAGCAAGAACCAGAGAAGAAAGAGGAAGCUGAGAAGGGCAAGGAGGAGAAAAAGGCCGAAAAAAAGGGGGAGGAGGCAGAAAAAGGCGACGACAAAGCGGCGGCAGCGACUACGACGGCGGCGGAGGGAGGAGAAGGAAGUACUAGUAGUUCCCAAGUGUUGGACAUGAAGAGGAGUGAGUUCUACCCUAAUUACUCUCAAAAUUACCAGAUUGACUCCUACCUAUCACGGUUCGAAUUGAAUGGCUACGCACCACAGAUGUUCAGCGAUGAGAACCCUAAUGCCUGCUCUGUUAUGUAACAAAAUGGGAAAGUGGUGCACAUGGGGUAAUUAGUAAUCUCCCCACAUGUGCCCUGCUUCAAAAUCUGCAGAGAAACUGUAGAAUAUUUUUGCGAGCUUCUUGUGGAGUACUUAGCUUUUUUUUAUUUCUUUCUUAAUUUUGAGGCGGUUGGUACAUAUAACUACAUAUAAUUAGUGGAGUACUAAUUAAGUAUUAGCAUGGUAUCAGGGUGUAGUUAUAUUUUCAUAAUCUGAUUAGGGUUUAUUCUGUGUUGCAGCCUUUGGGUUGUUGAUGAUUUGUUUUUUUGUGUAUGGACUAUUGAUUAAUUUUAAUUUUCGAAUCAAGUUCCUUAA